AACAUUUCCAAAGUGCGAAUUUAGAUUGUAAAAGUGAUAAAUAUUUUCAUAACAUUACAUAUAAAAGUAACAAGGCUUUUAAUUACAAUUAAAUGAUAAAGAAGCACAUAUCCAGAAUGAAUCUGCUUCCGAUUGUAUUAACAGUUCUCGCCAUCAGUUUCCAGUGCAACGCUGCAGCCAGAUCAAAAGGAGGUAAAAUGCCGAGUCAACCUAUAAAGUUGUACUACCUGCCGCCUUCCCCACCAUGCCGGUCAGUGAUGAUGACUGCACGGGCCCUUGGGAUCGACCUGGAGUUGGUACUAACAAACAUCAUGGAGGGAGAACAUAAAACACCGGAAUAUUUAAAGAUGAAUCCCCAGCAUACGAUACCAACAAUGGAUGACAGCGGUUUUAUUUUGUGGGAAAGUCGCGCUAUCCUUGCUUACCUGGUGAACGCUUACGGUCGGAGUGACGCGUUGUAUCCGAAAAAUCCUCGGCAGCGGGCGUUGGUGGACCAGAGACUUAACUUCGACCUUGGUACAUUGUACAAACGCUACAUGGACCUCUAUGCUCCGAUGCUGUUCCAAGGCAAAGAAUACAACGAUGAGGCAGCUGAGAAAUUAAACGAGGCUCUUGGCUGGAUGAAUUCAAUGCUUGAGGGAAGGGUGUUCGUCGCUGGAGACAAUCUCACCAUUGCUGAUAUCUCUAUCGUCGUGGUUUUUAGCAAUUUAGAGGCGUUCGGAUUCGACUACAGUGCACACGAGAACGUUGCAAAAUGGUUUGAAAGAACGAAAAAGUCUUUAGAGCCAUACGGGUACGAGGAAAUUGACCAAGCAGGCGCCCAAAUGCUCGCAUCAUUCCUGAAGAAAGAAUAAAACAUUUAAACAACACAUUUCAUUGUUCAAUUCACUAUUUAAGUACAGUACUCAAUAAAACUUAGCACGCGCUGCGGUUUAUUAUUUUUCUUAUCGAGUAUGAAGUGUAUGUGGCUUUUUAAGUAACCCAAUGGUAUAAGAAAAACUAACAUUAGUGCAAACGCUAAGACGCUGUCCUAUACUGAUACGGAAACUAUCGUCACUUCAAAUUAAAGGCACUAACUUUGCAGAUCUUGCUUGUAAAACAUACUCAAAACCACGGAACCCUCACACGUACAUACACGCACGAACACUCAUACACACACACACACACACGCACGCAUACACACACACACUAACACACGCACGCAUACACACACAAACACAUACACAAACGCACUGUCGCACACAUACGCAUACACGAACACGUACAUUAUAAAAUUGUAAAUUGUAUUGUUUUAGUUGU